GUUUCUAUCUGGGCGAGGCGAUCUCGGCGCUACAAGAGCAGAAGAGAUUUCUCGAGGCGGCGGCGGCGGCGGCGGCAUGGACGAUAGCACCACGGCGACAUGCCUGGAAAUCCUCCUGGCGAUUCUUCUCCCGCCAGUGGGGGUUUUCUUCAAGUAUGGAUGUGAGAUCGAGUUUUGGAUCUGCCUGCUGCUCACGGUCUUCGGCUACAUCCCUGGGAUCAUCUACGCCGUCUAUGUCAUUGUGGGGCGCUAGACGUCUAUAAAGCCUUCCAAGUAAAAGAAAGCGCUGUGGCCGUGCUUGGUUUGUGUGAUUCAAUUCUUUGAUCAGAGGACGCUGCAACAUCAUCGUUAUGUACUAGUCUCUCUCGAGUUCCUGCUAAACAAACAGUGCCUAACGUACGUCCGUA